CAAACCUGGAAGAGAGUAAAGAGAGAGGGGCUUGAAGAUUGAUUGUAGUGAGAAGCAAUCACUGAUUGAGGAAGGUGAAAACCCACAGAAAGUGAGGAUCUUUCUGAAAAGGGCAACGGUAGAUUCUGAGAUAUCUUUUUGCUUAUGUCACCGGCGGCGGAGUUGAAACCGUGCCUAUCAACCGGUCGUGUUUACGUCACUCCCCGUCUUUCCCUUUAGGUGUGCUGACGAGUGACGACUGACUGAGAGGAAGGCGAUGCAAACGAGUUGUCUGAAUCGAUCCGUACAUGGAAUAACCAAACCUAAUAAUAAGCGGUUAUAACCGGUUCGGCCGUUUCAAUUUCGAACAAAAUCGAAUUAUAAUUUAAAAAAAAAACAAAAAUGAGUUCGGUUGUAGUGUUACAAACUUACAAUCAAACUCAUUAAGAGUUCCAGAAAAGACUCUAUGUUAUUUAUAGAUUUUAUAAAGUUUUAAAGUUUUAAGAUGUUUUUCUCCAAUAGUAAAAUUUCAAUUUAGUUUCAAAAUUAUUUGUUAUUUACACUAUAAUCUUUAUAUAUGUCAUAAUUAAUAUAAAUUCAUAAAACUUUUAUAAAUAACUAGCACAUAUAUAAAAUUAUUAUAUUAAUAUUAACAAAUAAAAUUUUACACUAAAAUAUAAAAUUAUAAACAGAAAUAAAAAUACAUAGUUAAAUAUUAAACUACAAGCAAAAUACCACAUUAUUACAUAAAUUUUUUUUUUAGUGCUCCAAUUUAGCUACGCAAAUUUUUUUUAGACAAUAUUUUAGAAGUUACAGAGCAAAUUUACUAGACUAUAUUUCUUCAUGUAUCUUUUUAAAAGAAAACUAUUAAGUCUUUUUUGUAAUUAUUAAAUUUAUAAAAAAAUAAAUUUGAAAUAUUUAAGAUAUACAAAAAUUUUAAUAUUAAAAAGAUGAAUGAAAAAAUACUUAAGAAUCAUAAAUGUGAUGUAUAAUUAAUUAUAAGAACCAAAAAUACAAAUAAAAAGAUGAAACUUCAAAUUUAGAGUUUUGAAUAGAGAAACUCCAAAUAUGAAAUUUCAAUUCUUAAAACUCUAAAUUUGAAGUUUUGAAAUUUAUUUUCGGAGAGCAAAAAACUUUAUAUUUGAAAUUAUAGAGUUUCUUUUGGAAAUGCUCUAAACAACUACAUAUCGGUUUGGAAAUAAAUGGAACUAAUAUGAAAAAAUUGAAUUAUUGUCAAACUUACUAAACUGAUACUUAUUGGUUUGGAAAUAAAUCCAACUAUUGCAAGGAAAAAAAAUCAAAUUGAAUUAUGAUCAAACUUACUAAACUAAUACAUAUUAGUUUGGAAAUAAAUCGAGUUAUUGCAAGAAUUUCUUUUUUGAUUUAUAAUCAAAACGAAAACCAUAUUUUGUGUGUUCUGUCACGUUGCGCAAAACAAAUUCAGACGAAACAGAGGAAGAUCAAAAUGGCGAUGACGUGGAUGAGGAGGUUUUACAGUAAGAUCAAAGGGAAGAAGGUGAAGGAGCUUCCCGCCUAUAUCAAAUCGACGUAUUCAAUGGAGAGCGUGAAGACCUAUGUGAUGAAAGGUCUCGAUAACUACAACGACAAAUACAUCCAGACCAGCUCCGUCGAUCCUCUCCUUCAUAUCUGCUUUGGAGGCAUGGCUUUCUCUUAUCUCCUUGCUAUCCCCCACGAGAAAUGCUUUUUCGAGGAGAAGUAUGCUAAGGAGGCGAAGAAGCUCGCUAAAGAGAAGCUUGCCAAGGAGCAGCUUUGUAACAUCCCGAGUUGUGAUAUGUGAAAAGGCUUAAAAGAAUUGAUUUGGCUACCUAUGUCACCAAAGUUGACUUACCUUUUCCGGAGCACAUCAUGAAAGAACUCCAGAGUUAAGCGUGCUUGAACUGGAGUAGUGGAAGGAUGGGUGACCUAUCGGGAAGUGAUUCGCGAUAGCGUGUGAGUGAGGCCAAAGCACGGGGAAAGGUCGGGUGGUGAUUGCAGGGUCAGUAAACAAUGAUUUCGGGCCUUGGAAAAUUAACGACCGGCCGUCAGGUGGGAUGGGGCCCACGGGUCGAGAGAGCGGGCGUGGGUGGCCCAUUAGCCGUGGACGGGUCGGGGCGUUAUAAGUGGUAUCAGAGCUGGUUAGCUAUCUCAGUUCCGACCUGAGAGGCAUCUUGAGACCUGUCGGGGGCGCAACGAGGACGUUGCGUUCUUUGAGAGGGGGUGAAUUGUAACAUCCCGAGUUGUGAUAUGUGAAAAGGCUUAAGAGAAUUGAUUUGGCUACCUAUAUCACCAAAGUUGACUUACCUUUUUCGGAGCACAUCCUGAAAGAACUCCAGAGUUAAGCGUGCUUGAACUGGAGUAGUGGAAGGAUGGGUGACCUAUCGGGAAGUGAUUCGCGAUAGCGUGUGAGUGAGGCCAAAGCACGGAGAAAGGUCGGGUGGUGAUUGCAGGAUCAGUAAACAAUGAUUUUGGGCCUUGAAAAAUUAAUGACCGGCCGUCAGAUGGGAUGGGGCCCACGGGCCGAGAGAGCGGGCGUGGGUGGCCCAUUAGCCGUGGACGGGUCGGGGCGUUAUAAGCUUGCUAAGGAGCAGCAUGCUAAGGAGGAAUCUUUUCCGAUCUCUCGAGAUGAUCUUUAGGUAUUCUAAAGUUCGAUCGUUUUGAUUAUUUUCUGUUCAGAUUUCAUUUUAUACAUCUGUUGGUGGACUUAAACCUUUUCUAGAGCCAGUUUAGCUGUAUGAGUUUAUGUUCUUGCGUAUUUCGAGUAUCAUUACAUCAUAUGAUUCAUAUCUAUCUCUUUUUGUUUAGUGUUUUUCUCUUUAAUUGUUGGAUAUGAAGUGAUAGUUAUGGUUGCUUUGAUAGUUUCUUUGUUGAUGUCAUGAAGUUUAUCAUUAUAUAAGUCUCUAAUGAAGGGGUGAAAUUGACUCAUGCAGAUGUUGCUGUGAGAGAUCUGACUGAAGAUUUAAUGUUUUGUUAUUUUUAUUUUCUUAAAUCUCCUGGAAUAUUGUUGAUUUGUUUCACCAAAGAGAAACCUUUCUUUUGAAAUGAACUUGGUAGAGAGGCAAUAAGUGAAUCAUGAUAUUGAUUUAUAAUGAAACCGUUUUUUUCGUGAGAAAUCGUCAAGCUGUGGAUUCAGCAUAUUUGGCUUGUCUUGCAUUGUUUGUUUCGGUUUAAUCUAUUACCUUGUUCAAGCAGAACAUAGUGUGUUACCAUUAUUACCUAUAUAAAUAUAACGUAUAAAAAUAGGUAUGUGCCAAGGCGGGCUUGGACUUGGAUGGCUAGGUUAAAAAGCAAAACCUUUAGUUGAGGCGCAAAUAAAAUCAUAUCUAUUUUCUGUAAGUCCAACUACGUUUUUCUUCCAAGUGGUAAGCCCAACUAUGUUUCAAACCUUGCAGAUGAAGCCUCUACUACGAACCCCCUCCUUUACCCCAAACGAUCUCACUGUCUUCUGCAACACAGAUGCAGCUUGGCGAUCGGAUCUGAUGGCCGCAGGGAUGGGGUGGAUCAUCACAGACCGAUAUGGGCACGAAAUCUCUAGAGACACAGCCUCUCAACUCAAUGUAACAUCCGCUUGCAUGGCUGAGGCACUGGCCAUUAGAGAAGCGCUCAUCCACGCAUCGACUCAACACAUCACACAUAUCUGUCUACGCACAGACUCUCAAGUGCUCGCCCGAGCAAUCUCGAAGAGAAGAAGACCGACGGAGCUCUAUGGCAUCCUCUCGGACAUCGACUCCCUCACUUCCUCUCCCUCCUCUCCUUUCCUCGAAUGUAAUGUCGUCUUCACGCCUAGAUCUCGUAAUGGGCCGGCGGACCUCCUAUCAAAAUCUUGUCUUGCUAAUUUCAUCAUGGGCCUGAGGCCAUAAACACUGUCUGUUCCUGAGUUUUUAUUUAUUUAAAAGUAUCCAGUUUGCCCAAAAAAAAAAAACCGAAGUACAUAUAUAUUAUGCCAUAUGAUAUAUAUAUAUAUAUAUAAUAUACUUUUUUCGACGAGUAUAUAUUAUAUAUUUGAAUAAAUCAAACUUUCCAAAAAUUUAUCUGUACGCCUUUUUUCUAGCAAUUUUUCAGGAAUAAAACUAUUAAAAUCUUUAAGUUUAAAGAUAAUUUGUACUGAUUAAAGAUUACUAUUAAAAAAAUAUCUGCAUCACAAAAUUCCUCAUACUCCGAGAAGACAAUAGAUUUAAAGGCAAGACAAUGAAUGAAAGAUUAAAAAGUUAUGUUUGUUCGUUAUUUGUAAAUUCAGGAUUUUUGUGCAAUUCUUAAGACGACAUAGUACACAUAUCGUAUUCAUAAAAGCCUAGCGUAUCGUGUGUACUGUGAACAAAUGUCUCGACAUAAAAACAAGUACUUAAUAAGUGAAAUGGAAUCAUAUAGUGAGAACUGAAGUGCUCCUAAAGUCCCAAAUUAAACGGUCCAAAAGCAUCGACAUCUAUUGACCUCUCGUCUCCCAAGAUAGUGCGUUCACCGAUAUUUCUUCAUUAAUUAAUUUUCUGCUUUCCUCCAAAUAUCUUAUCAAUCCAUCCAGUUAAGAUACACCAUCAACAAAAAGUUACAUUAAUCUUCCGCUUCGAAUAGUAAAAUGCCUCCAAGAGACGUUUUGUGUAGAGACAGACACCAAGAGAAGGGGCAUGUUCUUAAAUAACUAGACUGACUCUUGGAAACAUUAGUACUCCUUCUGUUCCUGAAUAUAGGAUUUUUUGGAUUUUUUGAGUAGAUUAAGAAAUAAUUAAUGCACUUUUUGUCUAACUUUUGUCUUUAAUGUAUAUACUAUUUUUGCUAUGAAAUUUGUUGUAGUUUAAUAAAUUUACGCACACCUUCUCACCUCUUCAUAUUCUUAAAAAUUAAAUUUUAGGUAGUGAAAAAUCAUUUCAAUUUUGGUUAAAAACUUCCAACAUGAAGCCAAACUAUUCGUACAAUUAAAGUCAAAAUUUUAGAAUGGAGCCUAUCCUUUGUAAAAUUUAGAAAGGAGCCAAAAGUAGAAUUUUAGAAUGGAGCCAAAUUAUCAUAAUCAUGUUCUAAAAACACUCUAUAUUAAGAGAUCAUUUUCCAACGUUUAAGUAAAACUUCUUUCAUGGCUUUUCAUGAUUUUGACCUAAAUAUACCAUUUGAAAGCAAUGAAAGAGAAUUAUUGUUUGAUUUAAAUCAAAGUCCAACAAGAGAGUUUACUUCAUCCAAUAAUAUUUCAACCUUUCCAAUUCAUGAAGAUGAAGAUUAUUCUCAGAUGAAUCCAGGUUUUUGUUAAUUCAUGCAUGUAUUAGUGGACUAUAUUUUGAAACGUGGUGUACGAUGUGUUUACUUAUGUGUCUUUUUGUCAUGCACUUUACUUGCAACGUGUUUAUCUUUUACUAUAAUGAAUUUUUUUUUGUCAUGCACUUUUUGUAGGAUUAGGCACUGGAAUAUUACAAAGUUCUCAAGAAGAAACAACUCGUCGGAAACAAAUGACAGAUGGAGAAAGAUUGGAGAUUUACCAUGCUCUAUUGGAAAAAAGCAUCAAUGGAGAAUUAGGAAAGCAUCACACAACAGAGGUCUCUCAUUCAUUCUCUGUACCUUUACAAACAGUACAAAAAAUUUGGAAGAGGGCCAAAAAUACUCUUAGCGGUGAAGCUGUUGAUGUAUCACAUAGGAGAAAAGGUAAUUGCGGUCGUAAAAAAAUCCAUAUUGAUCUUUCUCGAAUUGUUGAUGUUCCAUUUCGUCGUCGUAAAACUUUAUGAUCGUUAGCUGCUUCUUUGGAUGUGUGCAAGACAUCACUUUUUCGAUGUCUAAAAGAAGGGCACAUCAAACGUCAUACCAAUGCUAUAAAGCCGUCUUUGAACGAAGACAAUAUGAGAGCUCGGUUAGAGUUUUGUAUCUCCAUGCUCGACAGUAACACUAUGCCCGACCACCCGAAGUUUGCUGCUAUGCACGACAUUGUACACAUCGACGAGAAGUGGUUUUACAUGACAAAAAAGACAGAGACUUAUUAUCUUCAUCCCGUUGAAGAUCCGCCGUACCGCAGUUGUCAAAGUAAAAAUUAUAUCGGGAAGGUGAUGUUCUUAGCAGCCAUGGCACGUCCACGUUUUGACGGAGAAGGUAAUGAGAUUUUUUCUGGGAAAAUAGGUAUUUUUCCAUUUGCUAAGAUGCAGCCAGCUAAAAGAGGAAGUAAAAAUCGAGCAGCCGGAACUAUGGAAUUGAAACCGAUGACCUCCAUCAAAAGAGAAGAUAUAAAAGAGUUUUUAAUUGGCAAAAUUUUGCCACGAAUUCGUGAAAGAUGGCCACAAGAAGAUUUCGGGAAAACGAUUUAUAUCCAACAGGAUAACGCACGGACACACGUUGAUCCGAGAGAUGAAGAUUUCCUAGCAGCUGCUUCUCAGCAUGGUUUUGAUAUUCGUUUAAUCUGUCAGCCACCGAAUUCACCGGAUUUGAAUAUUUUAGACCUCGGAUUUUUCAACGCCAUUCAAACACUACAACACCAAGUGUGUCCAAGGACCAUCCAAGAACUUGUUUCUGCAGUAGAAAACUCAUUUGAUGAGUACUCCACAAAGCAUGUGAAUAGGAUAUUUUUGACUUUGCAGUCAUGCAUGCAGGAGAUUAUGAAAGUCCAAG